AUGCAAGGAAUGGCUCAAAACUUACGGCGAUAUCUGCGUAAAGAUUUUGCUACCAAUCUUAAAGUAUCAUCAAUAGGUGUUGCUCUACACUCGCCAUGCAUUAGCCAUUGUCUUCAACAUGCUUUUAGGAAUAACGAUACGGCUUUAGGAACAAUAGCGGGAAUUCGAAAUUGGCACGAAUGGUCUUGGCCUGAUAAUGAAAUUGAAGCAGAGUAUAUUUAUGCAAGGCCUUUACCCGGAAUUGGUCCAUGGAAAAAAUUCACACCUGAAGAUAUACAAAAAAUUGUCAAAAAACGUGCCAUAAAAAAACCAGAGCCAACCAUCACUACACACAGUCAUCCAAACAAAUCUUGGACCAUGCCAAUGCCAGAAAUUCAAGGUUACAAGAAUUUUAAUUUGAGAUGUCACCUGUCAAAAUAA